AUGUCACUUAAAUUCAACAAUCCAUAUUCAGCUCUUUCCAAUCUCGGACGGCACGCCGAGGCGCUCCUAAUCAUGGAGGAAAGCGUCAAACUUUACCGUCAGCUACUAGUUGUAGUUCACCCCGGAUCCUCCAUUUUCGGGUUAUUCAUGUCACUUAGUGGCUCAUAUUCAGCUCUUUCCAGCAUCGGACGGCACUGUUCUGAUGCACUCGCAUUCAUCGAAGAAUGCUUCGGCCUCUACCCUCAGUUAGUGCCCCUUCACCCAGAAUUUGUCGCCCAAUCCAAGAUGCACGUAGCACUGUUUCUAAUCUCGGACAAGUUGUUCUGA